AUUUCUCUCAGCCAAGGUGGUGUUUUUAAUGCCUCAGCAGAAUGGCAGAAAGUGCAGACGGCGAGGAAGAGAUUCAGUUCUUGCGAACAGAUGAUCAUGUGGUCCUGCAGUGCACGGCCUCCAUUCUAAAAGAGCAGAUCAAACUCUGCCUGUCGUGCGAAGGAUUCGGAAAUCGUCUCUGUUUCCUAGAGACCACCUCCAAUGCUCAGAAUGUCCCACCCGAUUUGGCCAUCUGCUGCUUCAUACUGGAGCAGUCCUUAUCUGUGCGGGCUCUGCAGGAGAUGCUGUCCAACACGUCUGUGGAUGAGGCUGUUGAUUUGGACAAAUGGUCUUCACAAGGUGGGGGCCAUCGCACUCUACUGUACGGACAUGCCAUCCUCUUGAAGCACACUCAUUCGAGCAUGUACUUAAGCUGUUUGACGACAUCACGUUCGCUCACAGACAAGCUGGCGUUUGACGUGGGCUUGCAGGAAGAGUCCACAGGGGAAGCCUGCUGGUGGACCAUCCAUCCAGCCUCCAAGCAAAGAUCUGAAGGCGAGAAAGUCAGAGUGGGAGACGACCUGAUUCUUGUCAGUGUUUCAUCAGAGCGAUAUUUGCAUCUGUCCUAUGCCAGCGGUGACUUAAUGGUGGAUGCUUCCUUCAUGCAAACAUUGUGGACAAUGACUCCGGUUAUGUCUGGUUGUGAGCUAGCUGAAGGUUUUCUGACUGGAGGGUAUGUGCUCAGGCUAUUCCAUGGUCACAUGGAUGAGUGUUUGGCAAUCCCAGCAGCUGAUCAAGGAGACGACCAGCGCAGAGUUGCUCAUUAUGAAGGAGGAGCUGUUUGCAGCCAUGCUCGGUCCUUGUGGAGAUUGGAACCCCUGCGCAUUGCUUGGAGUGGUGGUCACAUUAAAUGGGGCCAGUCUUUUAGAAUUCGUCACAUAACAACCGGAAGGUACCUUUUGCUAGAUGAAGAAAAAGGGCUGCUGUUGGUCGACCCUGAGAAGGCCAAUUCUAAAAUGGCAGCCUUCUGCUUCAGAAUUUCAAAGGAAAAAAUUGAAGUCACUCAGAAGCGUGACGUGGAAGGCAUGGGCAUUCCAGAGAUCAAGUAUGGAGAGUCCAUGUGCUUUGUGCAACAUGCCUCAUCUGGUCUCUGGCUCACAUAUGCAGCUGUAGAUGCCAAAUCCGCCCGUUUAGGUCCUCUGAAGAGAAAGGCCAUCCUCCAUAAAGAAGGUCACAUGGAUGAUGCACUCACAGUUGCACGCUCUCAGACUGAAGAGUCUCAAGCUGCAAGGAUGAUUUACAGCACAAACGGCCUCUUCAACCAGUUCAUCAAAGGUCUUGAUGCCCUCAGUGGGAAAAACAAAUCUGCAAAUCCACCUAAUCUGCCGAUGGACACUGUGGUGCUGUCACUUCAAGACCUGAUAUUUUACUUCCGGCCCCCUGAGGAGGAGCUGGAGCACGAGGACAAGCAGUUCAAGCUCCGUUCGCUCAAAAACAGGCAGAACCUUUUUCAAGAGGAGGGGAUGAUAACCCUUGUUUUGGACUGUGUUGAUCGUCUGAAUGUCUACAACACAGCCGCACACUUCUCUGAAUACGCUGGGGAAGAAGCUGCGGAGUCGUGGAAGGAGAUAGUUAAUUUACUCUACGAGUUGCUAGCUUCUCUGAUCAGAGGCAAUCGAUCAAACUGUGCGCUGUUCUGUGAUAACCUUGACUGGCUGGUCAGUAAAUUGGAUCGUUUGGAGGCAUCGUCAGGAAUACUGGAGGUGUUGUACUGUGUUCUGAUCGAGAGUCCAGAGGUUCUGAAUAUCAUCCAGGAGAAUCACAUCAAAUCCAUAAUUUCUUUACUGGAUAAGCACGGACGCAAUCACAAGGUUCUGGAUGUGCUCUGCUCUCUGUGUGUGUGCAACGGUGUGGCCGUGAGGUCAAACCAGAACCUGAUUACAGAGAAUCUACUUCCUGGUCGUGACCUCCUGCUGCAAACCAACAUUAUCAAUUAUGUCACCAGUAUGAGACCCAACAUUUUCCUUGGGACCUGCGAAGGAUCCACUCAGUAUAAAAAGUGGUAUUUUGAGGUGAUGGUGGAUCAUAUUGAGCCGUUCCUCACUGCUCAGCCAUAUCACCUGCGUGUGGGCUGGGCGCUGACUGAGGGAUACAGUCCAUACCCUGGUGGAGGCGAAGGCUGGGGGGCCAAUGGUGUUGGGGAUGAUCUCUAUUCCUACGGUUUUGAUGGGCUUCACCUCUGGUCAGGACGUGUUCCUCGUCAUGUUGCCACGCCCAAUCAGCACCUUUUGGCAGCAGAGGACGUGAUUAGCUGCUGUUUGGACCUGAAUGUGCCCAGCAUUUCCUUCCGUAUCAACGGUUAUCCUGUCCAGGGCAUGUUUGAGAACUUCAACCUGGAUGGCCUCUUCUUUCCUGUCGUCAGCUUCUCUGCAGGCGUGAAGAUGCGAUUUCUUCUUGGAGGCCGUCAUGGGGAUUUCAAGUUCCUACCACCGCCAGGAUAUGGUCCGUGCUACGAGGCUGUGUUGCCUAGGGAUCGUUUGCGGAUCGAGCCCAUUAAGGAGUAUAAGCAUGACUUUGAUGGUGUCCGUAACCUGUUGGGUCCAACACAGUCCCUCUCACACACUGCCUUCACUCCCUGCCCGGUGGACACUAUACAAAUCGUGCUUCCUCCCCAUUUGGAGCGUAUCCGAGAGAAGCUAGCAGAGAAUAGCCACGAGUUAUGGGCUGUGACUCGCAUUGAGCAAGGGUGGACCUAUGGACCUUUUCGGGAUGACAACAAGAAGCUGCACCCUUGCCUGGUUGACUUCCAGAGUCUGCCUGAACCAGAGAAAAACUACAAUUUAGCAAUGUCAGGAGAGACUCUCAAGACUUUGCUGGCACUGGGCUGCCAUGUAGGAAUGGGAGAUGAGAAAGCAGAGGAGAAUCUGAAAAGAACAAAGCUUCCCAAAACUUACAUGCAGAGUAGCGGCUAUAAGCCUGCUCCACUGGACCUCAACCAUGUGAAGCUGACUCCUAAUCAGAACACUCUUGUGGAGAGACUGGCGGAAAAUGGGCACAAUGUGUGGGCCAGAGAUCGAGUGCGCCAGGGCUGGACAUACAGUAUUGUGCAGGAUAUUAUGAACAAGCGCAAUCCUCGUCUUGUUCCUUACAACCUACUGGAUGAAAAGACCAAAAAGACUAACAGGGAUACAGUUUGUGCAGCGGUUCGUACCCUCAUCGGCUAUGGUUACAACAUUGAACCACCUGACCAGGAAAGCAUUGGGCCUGGCACAGGCAGCGCUCGUGGAGAUAAGAUCAGAGUGUUCAGAGCCGAGAAGUCGUAUGCUGUCACACAAGGGAAGUGGUACUUUGAAUUUGAGGCUGUGACCGUUGGAGAAAUGAGGGUGGGCUGGGCCCGACCCAGCGUCCGAGCUGACACUGAACUUGGUGCAGAUGAGUGGGCCUACGUCUUCAACGGUUUUAAGGCCCAAAGAUGGCAUGUGGGAAAUGAGUCGUUUGGUCGUCAGUGGCAAUCUGGUGAUGUAGUGGGUUGUAUGAUUGACCUGACAGAGAUGAACAUCAUGUUCACACUCAAUGGAGAGAUGUUGAUCAGUGACUCAGGCUCUGAGAUGGCCUUUAAGGACGUUGAAAUAGGAGAGGGCUUCAUACCUGUAUGCAGUCUAGGCUUGUCCCAGGUUGGCCGCAUCAACUUGGGUCAGAACGUCAGCAGCCUACGCUACUUUACUAUCUGUGGUCUCCAAGAGGGAUUUGAACCCUUUGCCAUCAACAUGAAAAGAGACAUCACAAUGUGGUUCAGCAAGAGCCUUCCCCAGUACAUCAAUGUACCGACUGAUCACCACCACAUUGAGGUGUCUCGUGUUGAUGGGACUGUAGAAACGGCCCCUUGUCUCAAGGUGACCCACAAGACAUUUGGAUCCCAGAACGCCAACACAGAUAUGCUGUUCUUCAGGCUCAGCAUGCCAGUGGAGUUCCACGAGACUUUCAAAGUCCCCGCAGGGACCACCCUCCUCACUCGUGCCCUCACCAUCCCUGAGGAUGAGGUGGUGGAGGUGGAUCCCGACUCUGACUUUGAAAUACUAAAAAAGUCAGCCACCCGCAAAGAACAGGAAGAAGAGAAGAAAGAACCAUCUGUGCCUAAGGAGAUACCUGCCAUCAAGAAUGGAGAGAACGAGAAGGACGCCUCAACUGAAAAAAGCAAGAAAAAAGGAUUCCUUUUCAAGGCCAAGAAGGCUGCAUUAAUAACUCCGCCACCUGUCGUUCCCACCAUGCCCCGCUUAGUGGAAGAUGUAGUGCCAGAUGACAGGGAUGAUGUGGACAUAAUCCUCAACACCACUACGUACUACUAUUCCGUGCGAGUGGUUGCGGGCCAGGAACCGAGUGGAGUGUGGGUGGGCUGGAUCACACCCGACUAUCACCAGUAUGAUCCACAUUUUGAUCUCAACAAAGUGAGGAAUGUAACGGUCACUGUAGGAGAUGAUAAAGGCAACAUCCAUGACAGUAUAAAACGCAGUAACUGCUACAUGGUAUGUGGAGGCGAGUUCAGCAGCUCUCAGCAGACCCGAGUCAGCCAAGAAGACUUUGUGAUUGGCUGCCUCAUCGAUUUGGACACAGGACUCAUGACCUUUACUGCUAAUGGAAAGGAGAUCAACACAUUCUACCAGGUGGAGCCCAACACAAAACUGUUUCCAGCAGUCUUUGUCCUGCCUUCUAGUCAAAAUAUGAUACAGUUUGAGCUUGGCAAACUUAAGAACAUUAUGCCAAUCUCCACGGCCAUGUUCAGGAGUGAGCGCAAGAACCCAGUACCCCAGUGCCCUCCCCGACUGGAUGUCCAAAUAUUAACCCCUGUCAUCUGGAGCCGCAUGCCCAACAACUUCUUGGCUCCAGACACAGGACGCAUUAGUGAGAGACUGGGAUGGCUUGUUCAGUGCCAGGAGCCACUCACUAUGAUGGCCCUUCAUAUUCCAGAAGAGAACAGAUGCAUUGACAUUCUGGAGCUGUCCGAACGUAUGGACCUGCUGAAGUUCCACUAUCACACUCUGAGGUUGUACGGCUCAGUGUGCGCUCUGGGCAACAACCGCGUGGCUCACGCUCUGUGCAGCCACGUGGAUGAAUCCCAGCUCUUCUACGCCAUAGAGAGCACCUACCUUCCUGGACCAAUGAGGAGUGGCUUUUAUGACCUGCUCAUCAGCAUGCACCUCGAGUCUGCGAAAAGGAACCGACUGGGGACCAAUAAGGAAUUCAUAGUUCCAAUGUCUGAUGAAACACGUAGUAUCACCUUGUACUCUAACAAGUCACACGCUUUACCUGGUGUUGGUCUCACCACAUGCCUGCGUCCCAAACUCCAUUUUUCCUCCACUGGAUUUGUUGGAACAAAUCCUGACAUCUACACGCUUAGUCCAGUAGUUCCUUUACAGAUACUUAAGACCAAAGCGCUAAACAUGCUCAUAGAGGCUGUGCAAGACGGUGGCCAAGCCAUGAGAGAUCCUGUAGGAGGUAGUGUUGAGUUCCAUUUUGUUCCAAUCCUUAAGCUCAUCAGUACCCUCCUCAUCAUGGGCGUGUUUGAUGACGAAGAUGUCACUCACAUCCUGAAGAUGAUUGAGCCAACUGUCUUCAGUGGUAAAAAGCCGGAGGAGCUUGUUGAGGAGGUCAGCAAAGUUAAGGAAGAGAAGGAACCUAAAGUUUCCUUGAAAGGUCAAGUGAAGAAAGACGAAGAACAUGAGGAUUUGCUGGAAGAGGAGGAGGAGUUUGAUGAUGAUGGCCUUGGGGAAGAAGAGGAGGAAGAGGAAGAAGAAUUGGAGGAUGCAGAACCCAUAAUGCGACAUGAAGAAAUGGUUGACGAGACAGAGACGAUAAAUGGAGAGAAAGGAGCAGACGAAACGGAGAAGGAGAUUAAACCUGGCGAGAUCAGUGGUGAGGCUAAAAAGGAACAUUUAGAACAAGGACUGUUCCAGAUGAAGCUACCUGAGUCUGUCAAAUUACAGAUGUGCACUCUGCUGCAGUAUUUCUGUGACUGCGAGCUCCGCCACAGGGUAGAAGCUAUCAUUGCCUUUUCAGACCAACUAGUCAGCCGGAUACAGUCCAACCAGAGGCAGAGGUACAAUGAGCUGAUGUUGGCUUUCACCAUGAGUGCAGCCGAGACGGCACGCAAGACCCGUGAAUUCCGAUCACCACCACAAGAGCAGGUCAACAUGCUCAUGAACUUCAAGAACUGUGCUGAAGAGGAGGACUGCCCAGUUCCAGAAGAGGUCCGCGAAGAUCUGCAAGCAUUUCACAAUGCUCUGCUGGAACAUUGUGGUGUCCAUAUUGAGGAAGAGGAACAAGAGGAGGUGGUGGAUUAUUCUCUGCGAGGACGACUGUUCCGUUUACUGGAAAGGGUGAAAAAAAUCCGCCAGAAAAAGGUUGUAGAGGAGCCUGAACCUCAGGAAGAUAAAAAACCAUCCACCCUCCAGGAGCUGAUUUCCCAUACUAUGAUCCAUUGGGCUCAGGAGUCUUUUAUUCAGAACCCGGAGCUUGUUCGUAUGAUGUUCAGCCUCCUCCACAGGCAAUAUGACGGACUGGGGGAGCUCAUACGUGCCCUCCCCAAGGCUUACACCAUCAAUGCAGUCUCCAUCCAUGACACAAUGGACCUGCUGGAGUGCUUGGGUCAGAUACGUUCCCUGCUUAUAGUCCAGAUGGGUCCGGAAGAAGAAAGGCUCAUGAUUCAAAGCAUUGGGAAUAUUAUGAGCAACAAAGUUUUCUAUCAGCACCCAAACUUGAUGAGAGCUCUGGGCAUGCAUGAAACGGUCAUGGAGGUCAUGGUCAAUGUACUAGGCGGGGGAGACUCAAAGGAGAUCAGGUUUCCCCGUGUGGUGACAAACUGUUGUCGCUUUCUGUGCUAUUUCUGUCGCAUCAGUCGCCAGAAUCAGCGCUCUAUGUUCGAUCAUCUCAGCUAUCUGCUGCAGAACAGUGGCAUCGGCCUUGGAAUGCGAGGCUCCACCCCCUUGGAUGUAGCCGCAGCCUCAUGUAUCGACAACAAUGAACUUGCGUUGGCUCUACAAGAACAAGAUCUUGAAAUGGUGGUGAAGUAUUUAGCUGGAUGUGGACUUCAGAGCUGCCCAAUGCUCCUCUCCAAAGGUUACCCUGAUAUCGGCUGGAAUCCAUGCGGAGGAGAGAAAUACCUUGAUUUUCUUCGUUUCGCUGUAUUUGUCAAUGGAGAGAGCGUAGAAGAGAAUGCCAACGUAGUCGUGCGCCUCCUCAUCCGAAGGCCAGAAUGCUUUGGUCCAGCCCUCAGAGGGGAAGGUGGUAACGGUCUCUUGGCUGCCAUUGAAGAGGCCAUCAAAAUAUCAGAGGAUCCUGCAAGGGAUGGUCCCAGUGUUAAAAAAGACAGGCGCUUUCCCAUGUUUGGAGGGGAGGAGCAACAUGAAGAGAACAGGGUGCACCUUGGAAAUGCCAUCAUGUCUUUCUACUCGGCCCUUAUUGACUUGCUGGGGCGUUGUGCCCCAGAGAUGCAUUUGAUCCAGGCUGGAAAAGGUGAGGCCCUGAGGAUCCGAGCAAUCCUAAGAUCUCUGGUCCCUCUUGAGGAUUUGGUGGGGGUCAUCAGCCUUCCUGUUCAGAUUCCAUCUUUUGGGAAAGACAACAGCAUCAUAGAACCAAAGAUGUCAGCCAGUUUUGUACCAGAUCACAAGGCUCCAAUGGUCCUGUUCCUCGACAGAGUUUAUGGUAUUGAUAAUCAGGAUUUCCUCCUCCAUGUGCUGGAGGUGGGAUUCUUACCAGACAUGAGGGCUGCUGCCUCUCUUGACACAGCUGCCUUCAGCACCACAGAGAUGGCCCUAGCUCUGAACCGUUACCUGUGCUCUGCUGUGCUGCCGCUCAUCACCAAGUGUGCACCACUCUUUGCAGGCAGCGAUCACCGAGCUAUAAUGAUUGACUCCAUGUUGCACACAAUCUACCGGCUGUCUCGUGGACGGGCCUUUACAAAGGCCCAAAGAGACAUCAUUGAGGAGUGCCUUAUGGCUUUGUGCAAGCAUCUCCGCCCAUCUAUGCUUCAACAUUUGCUACGACGACUGGUGUUUGAUGUGCCCAUUCUUAAUGAGUUUGCCAAAAUGCCACUGAAACUGUUGACCAACCACUAUGAACGUUGUUGGAAAUAUUACUGCCUCCCUAAUGGUUGGGCCAAUUUUGGUGUUUCAUCAGAGGAAGAGCUGCACCUGACCCGCAAACUGUUCUGGGGCAUCUUUGAGUCCCUUGCACACAAAAAAUUCGAUGCAGAGAUUUUUAAAAUAUCUAUGCCAUGUAUUUGUGCCAUCGCCGGCGCCAUUCCCCCGGAUUACGUAGACGCCAGCUAUUCUUCCAAAACAGAAAAGAAGGCAUCAGUUGAUGCAGAGGGAAACUUUGAUCCUAAACCAGUAGAGACCACAAACACCAUAAUCCCGGAAAGACUCGAUGCCUUUAUCAACAAAUAUGCUGAAUAUACACAUGAUAAAUGGGCUUUUGAAAAGAUCCAGAAUAACUGGUCAUAUGGUGAAGUCCUAGAUGAAAAUGCAAAAACUCACCCCAUGCUUAGACCAUACAAGACAUUCUCAGAGAAGGACAAGGAGAUAUACCGUUGGCCCAUUAAGGAAUCCGUCAAAGCCAUGCUGGCAUGGGAGUGGACCUUAGACAAAGCCAGAGAGGAAGAAGAAUCAGAAAAGAAGAAGGCGGCUUCACGGAAAAUCUCACAGACGGCUCAGGCAACCUACGACCCAAGUCAUGGUUACAGUCCACAGCCUAUUGACAUCGCACACAUGGCCCUUUCAAGAGACUUGCAGUCUAUGGCGGAGCAGCUGGCAGAAAAUUACCAUAACACCUGGGGUAGGAAGAAGAAGCUUGAGCUACAAGCCAAAGGUGGUGGGACACAUCCUCUCCUGGUUCCAUAUGACACCCUGACUGCAAAAGAAAAGGCACGAGACAGAGAGAAGGCCUAUGAGCUUCUCAAAUUCCUGCAGCUAAAUGCAUAUGCGGUCACAAGGGGCCUGAAAGACAUGGAAUCUGACAUUUCUUCCAUAGAGAAAAGAUUUGCUUACGGCUUCCUGCAGAAGCUGCUGAAAUGGAUGGAAAUUGCCCAGGAGUUUAUCGCUCAUCUCGAGGCUGUAGUAAGCAGCGGACGGGUAGAAAAGUCUCCUCAUGAACAGGAAAUUAAAUUCUUUGCAAAGAUCCUGAUGCCUCUGAUUAACCAGUAUUUCAAAAAUCACUGCCUCUACUUCUUGUCCACGCCUGCUAAAGUCCUGGGUAGUGGUGGCCAUUCGUCCAAUAAGGAAAAAGAGAUGAUUGCAAGUAUCUUCUGUAAAAUGUCCUCUCUGGUGAGACACAGAGUUUCUCUCUUUGGAACGGACGCAGCAGCCAUUGUUAACUGUCUUCACAUUCUGGCCCGAUCAUUGGAUGCAAGAACCGUAAUGAAGUCCGGCCCUGAGAUUGUUAAAGCUGGCUUGAGAUCAUUCUUUGAGAGUGCUGCUGAUGAUAUUGAGAAGAUGGUGGAGAACCUUAAACUGGGCAAAGUGUCAAAAGGCAAUCAGCAAGUGAAAGGUGUUUCCCAGAACAUCAACUACACAACCAUUGCUUUGCUCCCAGUGCUCACUUCCCUGUUUGAUCACAUCGCCCAGCACCAGUUUGGAGAUGAUGUCAUCCUGGAUGACCUGCAGAUGUCGUGCUAUCGCAUCAUGUGUAGCAUCUACUCCCUUGGGACCGUCAAGAAUCCACAUGUUGAGAGACAGAGGCCAGCUCUUGGAGAGUGUUUGGCUCACCUGGCAGCAGCUAUGCCAGUGGCCUACUUGGAGCCCCAUCUAAAUGAAUUCAACGCUUUCUCUGUCUACACCACAAAGACCCCAAGAGAAAGAGCUAUUUUGGGCCUCCCUAAUGAAGUCCAGGAGCUUUGUCCAGAUAUACCAGAGCUGGAUUCCCUUCUGAAAGAGAUUGGAGACUUGGCAGAGUCGGGGGCCCGCUAUACAGAAAUGCCUCAUGUAAUUGAGAUAACUUUACCCAUGCUGUGUAACUACUUGCCCCGCUGGUGGGAACGAGGAUCCGAGAACUUCCUUGAGCUGGAAGGUCAACUCUGUACUGCGGUUACAUCAGAACACCUCAAUCAGUUGCUUGGCAGCAUUAUGAAAAUUGUCGUCAACAACCUGGGUAUUGAUGAAGCCUCCUGGAUGAAGAGGUUGGCUGUUUUUUCACAACCCAUUGUGAGCCGGGCCAAACCUGAGAUGCUCAAAUCUCAUUUCAUACCGACGAUGGAGAAGCUGAAAAAGCGUACAUCAAAGGUAGUGGCAGAGGAAGACCAUUUGCGGAUGGAGGGAAAAUCAGAGGGUGAUGAGGAAGACGGCACUAUUCGAGAUGAGUUUGCUGUCCUCUGCCGAGACCUGUAUGCUCUGUACCCACUUCUCAUCCGCUAUGUGGACAAUAACAGGGCGAGAUGGCUGACUUGCCCUGACCCCGAUGCUGAGGAGCUGUUCCGCAUGGUUGGUGAGGUCUUCAUAUUCUGGUCUAAAUCUCACAACUUCAAGCGAGAGGAGCAAAAUUUUGUGGUGAUGAAUGAGAUCAAUAACAUGUCAUUCCUCACUGCUGACAGCAAGAGUAAAAUGAGCAAGGGUGGGGGCUCGGAUGCAGAGCGUACCAAAAAGAAGAAACGGGGGGAUCGCUACUCGGUGCAGACUUCUCUCAUUGUGGCCGCUUUGAAGAAGAUGCUCCCCAUAGGCCUCAACAUGUGCUCUCCUGCUGACCAGGAGCUCAUCAACCUGGCCAAGAUCCGAUACUCAUUGAGGGACACUGAUGAGGAAGUGAGAGAGUUCCUGCAGAACAAUCUUCACCUGCAGGGAAAGGUGGACAACCCAUCAAUGCGUUGGCAGAUGGCCCUCUACAAAGAAAUGGCGGGAAAGGCUGAGGAUGCUGAUUCGCCAGAAAAAGUGGUCAAGAGAGUGCAGGAGGUCUCCGCCGUCCUCUAUCAUCUUGAAGUGACUGAGCACCCAUUUAAAUCCAAGAAGAUGGUGUGGCAUAAAUUGUUGUCGAAGCAGAGACGCAGGGCUGUUGUUGCUUGCUUCAGAAUGACACCACUGUACAACAUCCCAAGGCACAGAGCUUCCAACAUGUUCCUUGAAGGAUACAAGCGCAAUUGGCUUCACUCCGAGGGUUACUCAUUUGAAGACAGAAUGAUAGAUGACUUGUCUAAAGCAAUGGAGCAAGAAGAAGGAGACGAAGAGGAGGAGAAAGAAACAAAACCGGAUCCACUCCACCAGCUUAUUCUGCAUUUUAGUCGCACUGCUCUCACAGAAAAAAGUAAACUUGAUACAGAUCAUCUUUAUAUGGCAUAUGCAGACAUUAUGGCAAAGAGUUGCCAUGUUGGUGAGGAAGAAGAAGGGGAAGAGGAAAUGUUGGAAGAUGCUGAGGAUGAGAUGUCCUUUGAGGUGCGACAGUCGGAACUGGAGAAAGAAAUGGAAAAACAGCGACUGCUUUACCAGCAGUCCAGGCUUCACAAUCGUGGAGCUGCAGAGAUGGUGCUGCAAAUGAUCAGUGCCUGCAAAGGUGAGACAGGCCCAAUGGUGUCAACAACCCUCAAACUGGGUAUCUCCAUCCUCAAUGGUGGAAAUACUGAGGUUCAACGGAAAAUGCUGGAGUACCUGAAGGAUAAAAAAGAUGUUGGGUUUUUUUUGAGUGUCCAAGCCUUGAUGCAGUCAUGCAGUGUCCUGGAUCUAAAUGCUUUUGAGAGGCAGAACAAGGCCGAGGGGCUCGGCAUGGUCUCAGAAGAAGGCACUAAUGAGAAAGUCAUGGCUGAUGACGAGUUCACCUGCGACCUCUUCCGCUUCUUGCAGCUACUCUGUGAGGGUCACAAUAACGAUUUUCAGAACUACUUAAGGACGCAGACAGGAAGCACAACAACCAUCAACAUCAUCAUCUGUACUGUCGAUUACCUGCUCAGACUACAGGAAUCAAUCAGUGAUUUCUACUGGUAUUACUCUGGCAAAGAUGUCAUCGAUGAGCCAGGAAAGAAGAAUUUUUCCAAAGCAAUGACUGUAGCAAAACAGAUUUUUAACAGUCUUACUGAAUAUAUUCAGGGUCCCUGCACAGGCAAUCAGCAGUCUCUGGCUCACAGCAGGCUGUGGGAUGCUAUUGUGGGAUUCCUCCAUGUCUUUGCUCACAUGAUGAUGAAGCUGGCUCAGGAUUCGAGCCAGAUUGGUCUACUAAAGGAGCUUCUGGACCUGCAGAAAGACAUGGUCGUCAUGUUGCUGUCGCUUUUAGAGGGGAACGUGGUGAAUGGCACCAUCGCCCGCCAAAUGGUGGACAUGUUAGUGGAGUCAUCCAGCAAUGUGGAGAUGAUCCUUAAAUUCUUUGACAUGUUCCUCAAACUGAAAGACAUUGUGGCGUCUGAUGCCUUCAAAGAUUACAUCACGGACCCUCGAGGGCUUAUCUCCAAGAAGGAUUUCCAUAAGGCAAUGGACAGUCAGAAGCAGUACACACCUUCGGAAAUCCAGUUCCUCUUGUCCUGCUCGGAGGCAGAUGAAAACGACAUGAUCAACUACGAGGAGUAUGCCAACCGCUUUCAGGGACCCGCCAAGGACAUUGGUUUCAACAUUGCCGUGUUGCUCACCAACCUUUCUGAGCACGUUCCUCACGACACCCGACUGCAGAACUUCCUGGAGCAAGCAGAAAGCGUGCUCAACUACUUCCGCCCCUUCCUUGGUCGUAUUGAAAUCAUGGGCGCCAGCCGUAAGAUUGAGCGCAUUUACUUUGAGAUCAGCGAGGUCAACCGCAGACAGUGGGAGAUGCCUCAGGUCCGAGAGUCCAAGCGACAGUUCAUCUUCGAUGUCGUCAAUGAGGGCUGCGAGUCGGAGAAGAUGGAGAUGUUCGUCAACUUCUGCGAGGACACCAUAUUUGAGAUGAAUAUCGCCUCGCAAAUUUCCGAGCAGGAAGAAGAGGAAAAGGGAGAAGAGGAUGACGAGAUAGAGGAAGCUGUCGCUGAGGGAGGAGCGGCAGGAGCAAACGGAACAGGAGACGAGGACACUAAUGGGGAAGAGGGACCACCUGAGUCCAGCUCUGCUUUUGCAGACUUCAUAAACAGUAUGUUUAGCUUCUUCAACAUCUUCACCUUCCGUAAUCUCCGCCGACAAUAUCGUCGGGUGAGGAGGAUGACUAUAAAAGAGAUUGUGGUUGGUCUGUCCACCUUUUUCUGGACCAUCCUGAUGAGCAUCCUGCACUUCAUCUACAACGUUUGCAAAGGCUUCUUUAUGAUUAUCUGGCAUACCCUGUUUGGAGGCGGCUUAGUGGAAGGAGCUAAAAAUAUCACAGUGACAGAGAUUUUGGCCAGCAUGCCGGAUCCAACGCAGGAUGACGUGCACGGCGAUGGACCGGGAGAACCUGGGAUGGGGGAGGAGCAAGACACAGGAGGGAUUACGGACACUGGAGAUACCGGAAGUGGGGAAGAAGAGGAGGAGGAAACCCCGGAGAAGGAGGGUGGCAGGGUACCAGGUAUUGAUGCUCCCGGUGGACUUGGAGACAUGGGGAUUGAGGCCACCGUUGAACCGCCAACCCCUGAAGGGACGCCUAUAACAAAGAGGAAAAUGCAACCGGAAGAGGCUGAUGCCAGCCAGAAGCCUCCAGAACUGGCUCGUGUCGAGGAAAAACCUCCAGAGCCUGAAAAGGCUGAUGUUGAAACCAGAGAGAAAACAGACAAAGAAUCUGAGACUUUGGUGAAAGAAACGACCUCAGAACCAAACAAAUCUGCAACGAAAAAAGAAAAGAAACCUAAAAAGGGAGGAGGAUUUCAAAUCUGGACUGAGCUGGAAACACAGAGAAAUAAAUUUAUGAACUACCUCUCUAGAAACUUUUACAACUUACGUUUUCUGGCACUGUUCCUCGCUUUCGCCCUAAACUUUAUUCUGCUCUUCUACAAGGUGUCUGACACCCCACCUGAGGGCGACGACAUAGAAGGAUCCGGACUGGCAGAAGGAAGUGGGUUCUUUGAAGGCUCUGGUCUAUUUGAAGGCUCAGGAGAUGAGGUGGAUGGUUCUGGAAUGGAUGGAGGAGAUGAGGAUGAAGAUGUACCGCUGUAUUUCUAUUUAGAGGAGAGCACAGGGUACAUGCAGCCCACGUUGUCCUUCCUCGCCAUACUCCAUACUGUCAUCUCCUUCAUCUGCAUCAUUGGUUACAACUGCCUCAAGAUUCCACUGGUGAUCUUCAAACGGGAGAAAGAACUCGCAAGAAAGCUGGAGUUUGAUGGACUUUACAUCACGGAGCAGCCAGAGGACGAAGACAUCAAGGGCCAGUGGGAUCGUCUUGUCCUGAAUACUCCCUCCUUCCCAAACAACUACUGGGAUAAGUUUGUCAAACGAAAGAUUUUGGAUAAAUACGGAGACAUUUAUGGCCGAGAAAGAAUCGCCGAACUGUUGGGUGUUGACCUAGCGUCCCUGGAUGUGAGUCAGCAGCAUGAAAAGAAACAAGAGGAAUCUGACAACUCAGCGUUUGCAUGGGCUACUACCAUUGACAUCAAGUACCAGAUCUGGAAGUUUGGUGUGGUGUUUACAGACGGUACCUUCCUUUAUCUGUGUUGGUACACAAUCAUGUCUCUGCUCGGCCACUAUAACAACUUCUUCUUCGCGUGUCACCUGCUGGACAUUGCCAUGGGCGUCAAGACCCUCCGCACCAUCCUGUCUUCAGUGACACACAAUGGCAAACAGCUGAUGAUGACAGUCGGCCUGCUAGCAGUGGUGGUGUACCUCUACACGGUGGUGGCUUUCAACUUCUUUCGCAAGUUUUACAACAAAAGCGAGGACGAGGACGAACCAGAUAUGAAAUGUGACGACAUGAUGACUUGCUAUCUCUUCCACAUGUACGUGGGCGUACGCGCUGGCGGGGGCAUCGGCGAUGAAAUUGAGGAUCCUGCCGGGGAUGAAUAUGAGCUUUACAGAGUGGUCUUUGACAUAACUUUCUUUUUCUUUGUUAUUGUCAUCUUGCUGGCCAUCAUCCAGGGUUUGAUCAUUGAUGCCUUUGGAGAACUCAGAGAUCAACAAGAGCAGGUCAAAGAAGACAUGGAGACAAAAUGCUUCAUAUGUGGCAUCGGGAGCGAUUACUUUGACACAACGCCGCACGGAUUCGAGACUCAUACGCUGGAUGAACACAACCUGGCCAAUUACAUGUUCUUCUUAAUGUACCUUAUCAACAAAGAUGAGACUGAACACACUGGACAGGAGUCGUACGUAUGGAAGAUGUACCAGGAGCGUUGCUGGGACUUCUUCCCUGCUGGAGACUGUUUCCGAAAGCAAUAUGAAGAUCAGUUGUCAUAAAGAACAAGUACACUUGCACUCUCUGAACUCCUAUGUAUUACUUUAUAUAAAGUACUGGAUGAACAUACAUGACCUCACUUUAAGACGCUGUGAGAAGAGAAAGCUUAUGUGCAACAAGCAACAAUAAUUGCAUUGACCGUAUUCAAAUGUACACUGUUAUUUAAAAUGUGCCUUAGAAACACACUAAUUUACCAGCACAAAAAGAGGUUAUGUGUGUUUGCUUUAGACUUUCAAUUUUUACAGACAUAAUUAUUUAUGCAAAUCCAUACACCCGACAUUAUUUAUUUGUUUGAAAUUGUGUUUUGUUAUCUAUGUUUAGUUUUGUUUUGAUUCUGCAUUGAUUGAUGAUGAAUACAUGUUUGUUUUUUU